UCCUUCACUAUGGGAAUUUCUUUGCAUUCUCAGUGUUUCUUCUGCUUCAUAUGCAUACUUUCAAUAUUUUGCAUAACUAAUUGUUUUAUUCAAAAUGCUUACAGCCAAUGCCUGCAGAAUCAAAGAACUUUGUUGCUUCAAUUGAAGAACGAUCUUAUAUUCAAUAGCACUGUAUCAACAAAACUGGUGUUGUGGAAUCAGACUCAAAAUUGUUGCAAUUGGGACGGUGUGGAAUGUGAUGGUGCGGGGCAUGUGAUCAGUUUGCAGCUCGAUAGUGAGGGAAUUUCUGGUUGGAUUCAUAACAUGUCUAGUCUUUCCGCCCUUCAAUACCUGGAGGAGCUAAGCUUAACUUUCAAUGACUUCCAAGGUCAGAUUAUUCCAGGUGGGAUUCUCAACCUCAAACAUUUGACGUAUUUGGAUUUAGCAGCUGCUGGUUUUGGUGGACAGGUUCCAAUUUGAAGUUUCACUAAUGAGGAGAUUGGUCACUCUCCGUCUCUCAUAUAAUGACGGUCUAAAAAUUGAGAAUCUGAAUUUGAAGAUGCUUCUUCAGAAUCUAACUGAACUAAGAUACCUUUAUCUUGAUGGCGUGCAUAUGUCAUCAACAGUUCUUAAUUAUUUUGCUAACUUCUCACAUCUGACUAUCUUGCAUCUCCGUUCGUGUGAUUUAAAAGGCUCAUUCCCUGAUAUGAUCUUCCAAGUACCUACCCUAAAGAUUCUUGAUUUGUCGAAUAACUUUUUCACCGGUUCAAUCCCACCAUUUUACAUGUACAAGAAUCUUCAAUCUGUAUAUUUGAGUGGUAAUUCACUUAGUGGGCAAAUUCCCGAGUCUUUCUUCACACAAGAAAGGCUUGUCGCUCUCGUCCUUUCUGACAACUUCUUCAAUGGUACGGUUAAGCUAGAAAGGUUUCAAAGGCUACAAAAACUUAAAGUGCUGGACCUUUCUUACAACAAUUUGUCUGUUGACACAAGCAUCACUAAUAAAAGUUUGUCAACGUUUCCCCAGUUAUCAUUUUUAGCCCUAGCUUCUUGCAACCUACAUUACUUUUUUGAUCUUACAAACCAACACAGACUGGAGUUGUUGGACCUCUCAAACAACCAGAUAACUGGGGAAGUACCUAAUUGGAUUUGGGAAAUUGGAAAUGGAGCACUUGACAUGUUGAAUCUUUCUGUGAAUCAGUUGGUUGGUCUACAGAAGCCAUACCACAUUUCUAGUUCACUUACUUAUGUGGACUUACACUCGAACCUGCUCCAGGGUGAGUUGCCCCCUCUUGCACUUAACACUGGAAACUCCACUACCAAACUUGUUUGCUUGUCUCUUGCAAACAAUAGCCUAAGUGAAGCUAUUCCGACAUCCUUUUGCAAUGCUCCUCUACUUAAAGUUCUUGACUUGUCUGCCAAUAAAUUGAGCGGGAGCAUACCGCCUUGUUUGGUGGAAAAAGUUGAGCAACUUGCUGUGUUGAAUCUUAAGAGGAACAACAUCAGUGGCCAUAUACCGGAUACAUUUUCUGUCAAUUGUAAUCUACAGUUUUUGGAUGUAAGUCAGAACUAUUUAGAAGGGAGCCUCCCAGUGUCCCUGGCCAAUUGCAAAUCUUUACAGCUCUUCAAUGUGGGAAACAACAACAUCGAUGAUGGUUUCCCAUGCAUGCUGCCAUCUAGCUUGCUUGUCCUCGUGUUGCGCUCCAAUAGAUUCCAUGGAGAAGUGAGAUGUAGCAGAAGCUGGACAAAUCUCCAAAUUAUUGAUAUAGCUUUUAACAAUUUCACUGGUUAUCUGUAAACUAAAUGCUUCUCGGGAAUGAUGCUAGAAAAGGAUGCACGCCUGGAAAGUGACUACGUUCACUACAUUAGACCAUUUGGUGAUGAUUACGAUGGGGGAGUGAACGUAAUCGUCAAAGGGGUAGAACUGGAGUUUUCGAAGAUUUUGACAAAGUUUAAGGCCAUUGAUUUCUCUUGCAAUAAUUUUCAAGGGGAGAUACCAGAUGCAAUCGGUGAUCUUAGAUCUCUUCAUGGUCUCAACUUAUCCCACAAUAAUUUUAUAGGAACAAUUCCAAAAUCAUUGGGUAAGUUGACGGAUAUUGAAUCAGUCGACCUCUCAAUGAACCAGCUAACAGGGAAAAUACCAGAAGAGCUUACAUGCCUCACAUCCCUUGCAGUCUUGAAUCUAUCCCACAAUCAGUUGAUCGGGCCAAUCCCAAACGGCCCUCAAUUUCAAACAUUUUCAGCAGAUUCCUUCCAAGGAAACACAGGGCUAUGCGGUUUCCCUCUCAACAUAAGUUGCAGGCACCCAGGCGAAACCGACAACAUGCCACCACCUAAUCCAUAUCAAAAGGACGAGGCCAUCAAUUGGGAUUAUGUAUCUGUUGCACUUGGGUAUGUUGUUGGCUUAGGAAGCAUUCUCUGGCUGCUUUUUUUUUGUCGAAGCUUCAGAAACAAGUUCAAUGAUCGGACUGAGCAAGUUUUUGAAAACAUAUUUAACCCCAAAGACAGGAGAAAAAGACAUCAAGGAAGAGUAAGAAGAAGACACAACUGCUGAUGAUGCAAAUGCUCUUUGUUUUUUGUCACAAAAGCAUGAAAAAUAACCAAAGAUAUUUUCCUGAAAAUGUUUUCUAAGAUUUAUCAAGUUGAUUUUUAAUGCAAUAACUCUUGUUACAUAUACUGUUUAACAUAAUGUCGGAUGCAUGCAAAGGGCCGUUACACAUAUUUACAUA